AACAGUAAAAAUGCUGAAAAGGGUUUGUCAUUUGGAUCACGUGACUAACUUUAUUUAAAGCCUCGUUUUGCGAAGAUCAUCCACAGAACAUAUUCCUUAGAACAGUAAUCAGGUACGUUUGGGGAACGAUUUCAAAUGGCUUUCUCUAAAGCGACUUUAAAAUAUUUGAUUGGAAUCAACUCGGAUAUUUCUAGCAAUGUUUUUUAUCUUGAUGAACGAACUAUCUUUUAUACGUGUGGUUGUUAUUGUGUCUUUUUUAACACCGAACAGAAAACCAUGCGAUUUCUCAUAGCAUCAGAGAAAGGAGCUGAAAUAACUGCAAUGGCUGUAUCUCCGCGCCGUAACUAUUCGGCUGUCGCUUUGAAUUCCGAGAAACCGUCUGUAAACAUUCUUGAUUUGUUAACUAAGCGGAAAAUAAGAACUUUAGUUUGUCAAGUAUUGCAUUGUAAGAUCGUUAGUUUGUCUUUUUCAUCUACUUCUCGAUAUCUUGUGGCCAUAUGUGACGACCCAUCACGAACCUUACUUUACUGGUCAUGGAAAAGAUCGAAACUACUUCUCUCGACCAAAGUGACAGUUUCUGUUGCACCGGAGAUUCUUCAUUGCGUUAGUUUCAACCCUCAGACACAUCUCAACGUGUAUGUAUUUGGCAACAAGUUUCUUAAAUUGUUCCGCUUCGAAGGAUGCAAAAACAAACAGUUCAAUUUUCCGACGAUCGUACCUCAAGAUUUCAAAUGCUAUUGCUGGGAUGCGAACCAACGUCUUUUGGUGGGUACAGGCAGUGGCCGAGUGUUGUUUAUCGAAGAUAAAGAUUUAAGACUUGACUUUAAUGUAUUCCAAUAUACGUAUGUUUCCGACGAAUCCGUCAAGUCGUACGGAGUAACGGCUAUUACCAGUUAUUCUAAAGGGUUUAUUACAGCGUGUGGUAAAUGUGUGCACUUUUUUGAAAGGAUUGAGGCCAAGGAUACUUACAAGUUUGUCAGGAGUGUUUUUCUGCCGUCAGAUGGUUUGGAAAAAAGUGACCUGUGUGACCAGAUUAUAAAAUGGAUGAUGGUGAAUCCAUCGGAUGACGUUCUUGCUAUUAGCACCAAUAUGAAACAACUGUAUUCCACAAAAAUUUAUCCACGGGAAACAAAACAUACGAAUAAAGUAAUUGUGUUUGAUGUUUUAGUGCAUCCUUUCCAUUAUAAAUCUGUCACUGGAUGUUGUGUCUGUUUAUGGAAACCUUUCUUUGCAACCAGCUCGCUAGACGGUUCUAUAAAACUAUGGAACUACAAAACGUGUAGCUUAGAAUUUUCUCGAGAUUUUUCAUCAGAAGUCUACAGCAUAUCUGUGCACCCAAUGGGACUAUUUCUUCUGGCAGGCUUCAGCGACAAAUUACGUUUCAUGUAUAUUCGUAAGAACGACUUCAAACAGUUUAAGGAAUUCGAUAUCCGCAUGUGUACGCAUUGCAACUUCAGUCGAGGUGGUCACAUGUUCGCAGCGGUCAGCAAUCGCGUCAUACUGGUGUACUCGGCGAUUAAUUUCGAAAAGCUAGCUAAACUAAAAGGUCACAACGGCAAAAUUCAAACUACCGUCUGGUGUGUGGAUGACAAUAAUCUUAUCUCAUGCGACAUGGAUGGAGCAGUUUACGAAUGGGAAAUAAGAACCGAGAAGCGAAUUUGUCAGUGUAUCUUGAAAUCAUGCUCUCAUCAUGAUCUUACAAUAAAUUUCGACAAGAAAUUAUACGUCGUUGAUUCGGAUUAUUCUUUGAAAGAAAUCUACAAGUCUCACGUAAUACGAACAUUGCUGACGGAUAAGGUUCUUUUCACAUCAAUUGCUCUGUCAUGGUCCAAUACAAUGCUAUUUGUAGGAACUAAUAAUGGUCAUAUAAGAAGUUUGGAGUAUCCUGUAACGUUAAGUGGAAAAUAUCUUGAUUAUCCUUGUCAUAGUCUCGAAACUACACACGUGAUUUUUACACCUGAUGAUCGAUAUUUAAUUUCAACAUCAACAGAUUCUUCGAUUGCAAUAUGGAACGUUACUGAUUUUGAAGGUCGAAAUUUCAAACGAGACAUGAGUACCAUUUGGACCGAAGAAGUUUUAAUUCCGAGCGAAAAGUUGAAAGCAAAAAAUUCUUCAAUUUUAAAUCUGAAAUUGCGUGUAGAAAACCUUUCCAAUGAAAACUCGUACCAAUUGUAUCUCAGAGACAUAAGCUACAACGACAAAAUAAAAGAGAUAUGCGGAAAUUAUAUUCAAGAAAAAGAAAAUUUGGAAACCAAAAAUGAAAUUCUAGCGAGCGAUAAAGUCAGAGAAAAUGCUAAGUAUGACAAACAAAUGGCAAAACUUGUUGAUAGUCAUUGCACAGAAGUAGAGUCCCUCAAUCGUGCUAGUGAUAGGAAGUUAUUGGAUGAAUGUGAAAAAUUGAAGACCCUCCGUACAAGAUUAACGACACUACUAGAAGAACAGGAGCAAGAAGAACAAGAUAUGGUAGAAAAACAUGAACAUCUAGAAAAACAGUUGAGAGAAGAAUACAAAAAGAAAUUCGAAGAUUUAGAAAAAGAAAUUGGUCAAUACGAGGAAGAAAUUUUGAUAAAGCAGAAAGAACACAAUAAAGCCGAGAAACAGAUAGAGAGGGAUGCCGAAGUAGAAUAUAUCAACAAAAAAACUGAAUAUGAGAAACAGUUAUAUAUCGAGAGGCAUGCUAAUUUUGAAACGAGAGACCAAAAUGACAUUUUGAGGAAGAAACUCUUAGCUUUCCCCAAAGAACUAAAAGAAAGUGAAGAUGAAUGCCACAAACACAAAAUGGAAGUAAAAAGACUAAACAUUGUUAAGAAUAAUCUGGAGAAAGAUGUACAUCACUUGUUAAAUGAACUAGAGAUCCAAUGCCAAGGGCUAAAUGAUGAAGAAAGACGUUUUUUUGACCUGAAGUUGACGAAUCACAAUAUCGAUGUGUCAAAAUGUGAACUGGAAUGUAAAAAUAUCACCGAAUUGAAACGCCAAAUCGAAGCGAGGGAGACAGCAAUCGAUAACUUGAAAAAGCAGGUCAGCGCCAUGGAAACCGAACUGGGAUACUUUACACGCCAGUUUGUCACCAUGGGCCAGUCGAUAGCAGAAACGAAAGAGAAAUUAGUAGCCGCCUCACAAGAACUGGACCAAGUACGCACGAUGCUGCACAAAAAAACAGCCGUGUUGAACAGCUUUUGCUCUGAUCUUUUCAAUUGCAUGACCUUCAUACGAGAACCGCAGAAGCUGAAGAACAACAUCAAAUCUCUUUAUAGAAAUUACAUCGCGAGGAAUGAUGACAAGAUUGUCGUUACAGAUCCCGGCGUACAAAUGGAAUGGAGUCGGCAACGGAACCAUUUCGAAUACACAAUACACAAAGUAAAACAUCAGUUGAACAGCACCACAAAACAGGUUUCUCGAGAUACUAAUCGCUUGCUAACGAAAUGCAAUUACAUAGGAGAAAUAUUGCAGAAAACCAGAUAUCAAAACUAUCGUUUGCAUUCGAUACUCGGGGGAGCUAAAUGAAAACUAUGUAUUGGAUCCUGUUUAUUGAUCAUCUCACUUUAAUCAUUUGAAUGAAACGAAACGAAUCAUAUGUUGCAAUAUAUCUGUUUUGCAUAGAGAAAAACUGCUGUGAAGCAACAAUUUUUUUAUAAUAUUGUUAUAACUAAUAAAGUUAAUCUCACCGAA